AUGCCGCUGGGACGCAAGCGUGCCGAGCCGGGGGGUGCGCCGACCCGGCAGACGGAGGUAGCGCGCGUGCCGGCGCCUGACUUCCCGGUCGGGGAGGGCACGCUGCCGCUGGACGACGACGAGGAUGCGGAGCGUGAGCUGGACGCGCGUUCGGCUGACAGCGGGGAGGACGCUGUGCCUGCGCUCGAUGCGCGCUCGGCUGACAGCGAAGAGGAGGGUGAGGAGGCGAGUACCGAGUCAGGCUUUGACUCGGAGGAGAUUGAGCAGUGGGACGACGAGGCGGAUGCGAAGUAUGCGGAUGCCGAGGCGGACGAGGACGUGGCGGAGGGUGACGCGGCGCUGGCGCGGAUGGUGGCGCGGGCGCGAGUCAAGCCCGACGAGGGGGAGCGGCGCACGAACAAGCUGGGGAUCGACACGGCUGUGGCUGCGCGCUUCUUUGACGAGACGCGGAAUGAUGACGGCUCGCAGCGUGGGCGCGUGGUGCGCUCGGAUGCGACGGGUGAGCUCAAGACGGUGUAUCCGCCGAUUGAGCCGGAGUAUGACAGUGAUUCGAGUACGGAGGACGUGCCGAACCGCAUAGGCCAAGUGCCGAUGUCGUGGUACGACGACCUGCCGCAUAUUGGCUACGAUAUCAAUGGGCGGCGUGUGCUGCGUCCAGCGCAGGGCGAUGAGCUCGACAAGUUUCUCGAGAGCGUCGAGGGCGAGGGCGGCGAUGCGUGGUUCUCGGCCCGAGAUGAGCAGCGCGGGAUGGAUGUCAAGUUGACGGACGAGGAGCUCGAUAUGAUCCGGCGGAUGGAGCGCGCCGAGGUGCCGCUGGGCGACUAUGACAUGUACGAGCCGGCGACGGACUGGUUUACGCAGCACGAGCGCACGAUGCCGCUGACGGCGCGCCCUGAGCCCAAGAGCCGCUUCGUGCCGAGCAAAUGGGAGCACAAGAAGAUUAUGAAGAUUGUGCGUGCGAUUCGGCAGGGCCGCAUUGUGCCGCAUGCGCCUGGGCGCGAGAAGCCGCGCUUCUAUGCGAUAUGGAGCGAUGCCGACGAGGCGCGGGCUGAUCACCCGAUGCAUAUGCCGGCACCCAAGCUGCCGCUGCCGACGCAUGUCGAGUCGUACAACCCGCCGGAGGAGUACCUGCUGGGCGACGACGAGCGCGCCGAGUGGGAGGCCGCCGACCCCGAGGACCGCAAGCUGCCGUUCCUGCCCGCCAAGUAUGCGUCGCUGCGCCAUGUGCCGGGCUACGAGCACGCGCUGCAGGACCGCUUCCAGCGGUGCCUCGACCUGUACCUCGCCCCUCGCGUCCGGCGUCAGCGUGUGGAGGUGGACAACCCCGAGGCGCUGCUGCCGGCGCUGCCAGCGCCGCGGGAGCUGCGGCCGUUUCCUACGCAUACGGACGUGGUGUACGCGCAUGCGCCGUGGCGCGUGCGCACUGCGAGUCUCGAUCCCAGUGGCGCCUGGCUGCUGACGGGCGCGGACGAUGGUCACGUGCGCUUAUGGGACGCGGCGCUGGGCCGCUGCGUCGCGAGUUGGGACGUGAAUGUGGGCGUGGCGCAGAGCGAUCGGAGCCCGGUGUACUGUGUGCAGUGGUGCCCGCAGCGCUCCUGGGCGAUCGCUGCGGCUGUCAGCGCAGGCCGCAUCACGCUGCUGGCGCCGCCGCAGUGCGGCCGCACGCGGCACGAGGCCAGCGUCGCGCACCUCACGCCGCCACACGCCGAUGCGCCGGUGGAUGGCCAUGCGCAGUGGACGCGCCUGCCUGAGCGGGAGCGGGCGCGGGGCGUGUGUGUGCGCAUAGACGUGCGGAGCACGCAGCGCGCCACACUCGUGCCGAAGUAUGUGCGGUGGCACGCACGUGGCGACUACUUUGCGACCGUGUGCCCGGACACGAGCGGCGAGGCCGUCUUGAUUCAUCAGAUCAGCAAGCAGCGCUCGCAGGCGCCGUUCCGACGCACACGCAAGGCCGGCACGUCGGCGAUGGCCGUGCAGUGCGUGUGCUUCCACCCGACGCGCCCGUGGCUGUUUGUCGCGACGCAGCGCUAUGUGCGCAUCUACGACCUCGUGCAACAGGCUCUCGUCAAGACGCUGCAGCCCGGCGUGCGGUGGAUCAGCUCCCUGGACGUCCACCCCAGCGGUGAUCACGUGAUUCUAGGCUCGUACGAUCGGCGCGUGCAGUGGUUUGACCUCGACCUGGCCGAGCGACCGUACAAGACGCUGCGGUACCACACGCGGGCGGUGCGCGCCGUGGCGUUCCACCCGCACCUGCCGCUGUUCGCGAGUGCGGCCGACGACGGCACCGUGCACGUAUACCAUGCCACGGUGUACUCGGACCUGCUGCAGAAUGCGCUGCUGGUGCCCCUCAAAAUCCUGCGGGGCCACGCCGUGCAGCAAGCGCUGGGCGUGCUCAGCCUCGCAUGGCACCCAUCGCUUCCGUGGCUCGUGAGCGCCGGCGCCGAUGGCGACGCGCGGUUAUGGACGCCGUAG